UAUUUAUAUAUUAUCAGUUCCUAGUCAAUCCCAUGUAAUUCGCCCCCUUCAACCUCGAAAAACCUCUUCUCCCGCCACUGAGCGGCCGUGAUUCACCGUCGGCGAUUGACACGACGCUCUACGCCCUCUCUCUUGGCAGCAAAAUCACAUCUUUCAACUGGGAAACCUUCUGGCUUUUACCGCUGCUGACAUUCAUGCCCAAAUUAUGUUCGACACAAUGCUUGAGAGAAAAGAUGUUGCUUGCUAUCGAAAAACAGAAUCUAUGUGGAAACUUAAUAAUCAGCAAAGUCACAUCUUUCAAUUGUAAAUCAUAUUUUUUAACUGCGAGAACGUGAAGGUGGUGGAGUGUGGAUUCAUGCACAAACCGUGUUCAACAAAUGGCCCGACUGAAAUGCCGGUGCUUGCUAUCCAAAAACACAUAAUCAGAUUUUUCAGUGUUUCCGUGGAUGCAGGUAAACUCGAGAGAAUCCAAACUAGUAUGUGUUUGUCUAUAGUUGUAGUAACAUUUUCAAUUUCGUUGUACCGUCCAGUAUGUUAAUGCUCUUUAUUCCUUACUCUCAUGUGGAGUAUGUGUUUAUUCUCUUUACCUUCAUGUGUAUCUAAGGUAUAUAUUUGUUUGAAUUUUACAUUAUAUAUAGUGGUUUAAGCAUGGCCUGUUACACAUUACACUCCACAUCUCACAUUCUAUUUUUUUCUCUGAUUACAUAAUACAGAUUUUGCUCUGUUUCGUGGUCAUGGAGAAGAAGGUUAUCGACUGGGUCAACCACGAACAUCCUUUGAUUCUCACUGAAAAUGUGAGUAAAGACGAGACUUCUAAUUGUUAUGGGUGUGGUAAUCCCGUAACUGAUUUGGAAGUGGCAUAUGUUUGCACGGUGCAAAAUUGUUCGAAUAAGAUUAUUCUCCACAAGAAAUGUGGAGAAUUACCUAGUCAAAUUUUGCACCCUAAACAUCCUCAACAUCCCCUUCAUCUAUUUGAUUACCACGAGUCAUGCCUUUCCUGGUGUGAUAUUUGUUUGUGUGAUUUUGGUAAGGUGCUUGUCUACCGAUGUUCAAGUUGUGAAUUCGAUGUUGACUUAACAUGCGGAAGAAAAAGUGUUGAUGAUAUAUUAAGGGGGGCAAUACAAGUAGAACACCCUAGUCACCCUGAUCACCCUUUGACAUUAAUGAGAAAGCCAUUAUUUUCAUUUUGUUGUGAUGGUUGUGGUGUUAACGAUGUGGACAUGGCUUAUAUAUGCUCAACAUGUGAAUUUAUGGUACACAAAACUUGUGCAUUGUUGCCCCUCAUCCUCCCCAUAAAUCUCCGAUACCACCACCACCAUCUUUCUCUUGCCUUCAGUUUACCUAUGAAACAUCACCAAUAUAUAUUCUAUUGUGAUGUCUGUCUUGGGAAAUUAGAUAGAACAAAGUGGAUGUAUUAUUGUGGUGAUUGCAGAUUCUUCGCGCAUAUCAGGUGUGUUGCAUCCACGACAGCUGAGACAGCAGAGCAAGACUCAAACUCAGACGGUGAUGAUAAAGAUGGUUUGAAUGUGAUUGAAUUCCCUCUACAUGCACAUGACAUAUCGAAGGAGUUAAUCACGCCUUUUGUGAUGAGAGAAAAAGGUCUUAACAACAUCCCGGAUGUAGCAGACAUGCCAGCAGAAGUGUAUAUGCCACAAACCACCGCAAGUUUUUCAUUUCUAUUCAACUAUCACAAUCAUCCUUUGCGUUUGGUUUCGGAAUUGUCCAAGAAAGACGAUGAAGUUGAUCGCUACAAAGUGAUGGAUGAGAGAGAUGAAGAUGAUGAAUAUGAUGCGUUGAAGGUAUGUGAUGUGUGUGUAACACCCAUACAUUCUUCUCCAUAUUACGGGUGUGCUCCUUGCAAAUAUUUUGUACACUCCAUUUGCUCCAUGUUUCCGAAAACUUUAUCAUCAUCUUCUUCUUCGUCUGGCCUGUAUGGUGAUUGCCCAAAAACACAUGAUAAAAACCAUAAACUCACACUCUUCACAAGCUCAAGAUCUAUAGAUAUGGAUCCAGAUGUUUAUAGGUGUGAGGCUUGUGGUAUUAUAACAAACGGGAUGGUGUACGUGUGUGAAGGGUGCGAGAUGAAGAUAGAUGUCAAGUGCGCUUCUCUACCGACAACUAUCAGACACGCAUCUCACCCACAUCGCACACCGCUAAUCUUGACUAGAAUACCAGAUAAAGAAGCUGGCAAACCGAAACGUUGUCAUGGCUGCCAAUAUUUGAUGAACGACUGUAUUGCAUAUUGCUGUAGCGGCAAUGACUGUAACUUUGCGUUGGACUUGAGAUGUGCUAUGCUGCCUGCGAGCGUAACGAUGCGUGAGUGGGACAAGCACCAUUCAUUGAUGUUGUCAUUUGAUGCCUCUCUCGACCAUCCCUCCGACUUUAUUUGUGAUUUUUGUGAGGUAAAAAUUAUUCCAAAGUGGUGGAUGUAUCACUGUCGCCAAUGCGACCUUUCUUUCCACCUGUUUUGUCUAAAAGCUGCAUCUGGCUGGUAUAGAAACAUCAAAUUUGGGCGCCGAUUUGUGUUGGACGGGAUUCACCCGAAUCAUCCUCUCACACUCAAUCACAACACUAUCAAGAGAAGAUGCAGCCUUUGUCGUGUGGUUCGGUAUAACCACGGUGGGUUAGAAUGUGCCUCGUGUUACUAUGUUGUGUGCAUGGAUUGUGGUUUGACAGAGUUAGCUAAAAUGAUGAAACUUGCAACUUAAUCGGACAACAUCUAUUUGCUGAGAGUGUUUAUUACAUCUUGUAUUUUUUAUAUAUCAGAAUCGAGAUGUAAAUCUCGUUAGUAUAGAUUCACAGUUCUUGUUAGAGUGUGUUUUCGUGUUUUCUUUCCUUAGCUUGUAUACUCUCUCCACUUUUGGUUUAUCAUAAUUUUUGUUUUACUC